AUGUCGAAUAUUUUCUUUGCAUUAGCCUCUUUUGCCUUCAUUACCUCAUCAAGGACUCAGAACUUACCGCUCGGGGUCUCUCCUCCUGUAGCAAAAGCAUGUGGCUCUACCGACAGCAUUGUCUGCGUCGACCGUUAUACUUCUGUCCUACCUUACUACUUUUUCCGAGCAUCAGCCGAUGCCAGCGGCGCAGGUCCAGGCUUUGCAGGAACUGCAGUUCCAAAUGAUACCUCUUUUGGUCUGAUCUCGAAGGCCACCUUCGUCGUCUUUGACAAGCAGCGCGGUUUGGAGAUUCUUGGCUCGAAUCCGACGUACGACUUUUUCUUCGAGAUUUCAAAAGCUAUAUAUAAAGCACCAGUCUGGGUUCCGGCAUUAAACAAGCUGUUUUUCAGUCAACUUGCUCCUCCACCUGGGUACUUGCCUCAGCUUGUUGUAGAUCUAAACCAGGAUCCCCCGACUCUGAGCGAGUAUCUCAGUGAUCCUCCAGUCUAUGGGCCGAACGGAGGGACGUUCUACAAUGGCUUGAUUUACUGGGGCAACAACAACUCGAUAGGUGGCACUGAGCAGCGCAUUGGACUGCAGACCCUGGAUCCGCUCACCAACAAAACAAAAGUGCUGCUAAACAACUAUUACGGCUACUACUUCAACUGUGUUGAUGACCUGUUUGUCGACCCAGCAGACGGCUCGGUCUGGUUCACAGAUCCGGAGUACUCCUGGUUCAACAAGAUUGCCGAUACGCCACCUCAGCUCAAGCCUUCCUCAUAUCGGUUCGAUCCAGCCACAGGGGAGACGAUUGUGGUUGACGACUCUUUAGAGCAGCCCAACGGGAUCGCCCUCUCUCCAGAUGGCAAGCAUAUCUACAUCAGCGACACAGGUUUUGUCGCCGGUUCCAGAGUGGUCCACAAUGGCAGCCCUCUCAACCAGACCGGCACACGAGCCGUGUACAAAUACGAUCGUACGGAUGGAGGCAAGCACAUCACGAACAAGCGUCCAAUCUUUUAUGCUUAUGAGGGUGGGCCGGAUGGUCUGAAAAUUGCACAGAAUGGUUAUGUUGUGGCCGCCACUGGUCCAGGCAUUGGUGUUCUCGAUUCUGCGGGCAGUCUCAUCUUGAGGAUUCAGACGAAUUAUACGGUACAGAACUUCGCUUGGGUUGGUCCGAAUUUGACUGAAUUGUGGAUGAUGGGUCAAGGUGGUGUCUCGAGAGUCCGGUGGAACUUGAAGGGACAGGAUCUUGCUAAGAUGAAAUCUUUAUACUGA